UUAUGAUUUGCGAUUUAGUCCAAUGAGGAUGAGAUCCGUUGACGUUCUCGUUACUACCUCUGAGAGUUCCCGAUCAUUGACGCAUCUUGUGAAAUUUCGAUUACAACAUCAAGGAACAAUCAUCAAAAUGGAAAACAAAGGGUCCGAUGGAAGGAAACGGAAGAAAUUAUCAAUGGCAGAGAAGGAAGGGGAUGCAGGAGAUGAAGCAGGUCUAGAGAUUGUCGAGAAAGAAGAAACUGAGAAUAACAUAAUAGGAUCUGAAGAGAUGGACGCUAAUAUUGCAAACAUUCAUGAGAAGAUCGAGCGCUUCACUCAGCUGGUAUCUGAGCUUCUGGAAUCAGGGAAACUUAUGUUCAAGGAACUCAUUAAUGAAUUUGAAGAGAGGUUGAUUAUGAUACACAAGGAGCAAGUAGAAAAAUGGCAGGAGGAUAUCAAAGAACUGCAGUUGCUUGAUGCUUCAAAUGAGGAGGCUAAUAGCAUUCUUAUUAAUGCUCAAUAUUUACUUCAGAACCCUCGCAUAGAUUCUUGAAGGAGUGUCUGUUUUGACUGCAAUGGAUAUUUCAGAGUUAGAAGAUAUAUUACUGGAAAUUUUUGCAUGAAGCAUUUUGCUUCCUUUGAUAUGCUUAUGUCUUCUACAAGGUACGGAUCGGGGUUACCUAAAUGAAAGCUGGUACAAUUGUAUGUGCAUCAGAGAAAGCACGUUUUUUAGCAAAUGCAAUUGACAUCAACAUGGUAUCUAGCUAGUUAUCUACACUUGAGGAAAUCUUAAAACCCCUGAUCCUUUUACCAUUUUAUAUCAUUUUGCAUGUAUUUGAUAGUUUCUGCCAAUAUGUGCUUCUCUCAUUCGUAAAGACACCAUGUAAAAUGUUGUGCUUACAAUUUACAUUAUCCCUUUGUCUUCAUGUUCUGUGCUACUUUUAGGAAUUUCUCUUGCCAAUAUAGCAGGCUCAUUGUAUACAAAUAUCAUGGUUCCAUUUGAAACACCGUACACUUUAGGCCUUCUCUGACCCUUGGUAGUUCAGUAAGAACCUAUUACUAUAUAUUGAUUCCACAUUUGUCCUGUGGCAUUAUAGAUUGAACCUGAAUUCCUUUACAAGUUUAGAGAGCCCGCCUCCAUUGAUUGCAUGAAUAAAGAUGACACAAAUAGGGACAAUGUCAAAGAGCAGUUCUCCUCUUCCCUGCCUUAGUUGUGUCACUGCUGACAUGGUAGCUCACCUAUUAUGUCAUCAUCCAUGUGUCUUAUGCCUUAGGCAUGGAAAUCCCUGAAGACAUGCCAUGAUAUGCGCCCCACCCUACCCAUGUCAAAAGUAUAAUUCUUCACAUGCUAAAGCCGACUUAAGAGAUAAUAUAGUAUGAUACAUCUAAACCAUCAUUUUCUUGACAAGCAAGUUGUAGCUAGCAUUUGAAUUACACAGUGGUGGUUUCUAUAAAAUAAUAAAGUUUCAUUUAUUUAUGAUCAUUUCAUAGAAUUGACUUUCAUUCUCUGCUGAAUUAUUCUUUCCGUUUGUUGUUAGUUAUUAGAACUCUCUCUCUAAACUCUCUCAACUACUCCAGCAAAAGUGCAGCCGUGGAGGAGGAGAGGUCUCUCCUCCUCCUCCCCCACUCACCUCCACACCCACCCCCAACCACCCCCACUCCCUUUCUCUAACCACCUCGAUACCCACCUUCACCUCCACAACCACUUUUCUCCACCUCCAACUCUACUUUUUAAAUUUUAGUCUGUUUUCCUUUGUUCUGUGUUUGUCCCUCUAGAUCUGAUGGAUUUUCCUUCAGAUCUAAGGGUUUCGUCCACCGAUAUGGUGGUUUGGCUCCUCUCUCGUCCAGAUCUGAUUUUCUAGGACAACGAUGAGGCUUUAUCUGGCGGCGGCGACGGCGACGGCGACGACGACGUCCGUCUUUUGACUACUCUACAUCAGGUUGUAAAGAAUAUGUCUCAAGACUACAGUACAUGCUCCAUUCUCUGGUGAGGUUUCAAGGCAAUCCUUAAUCGUGCUUUUGCUGCUUUCAGGCCCCUGCUUGCCUCUUCAAACGAGUUUAAACUCUAUUUUAGCCUCUUUGUGGCAUUUGUUGUUGUCCUGAGUCAAUCCUUUAUCCUUGAUGUAGUAGGGGUGUUUUUAUUUUUAUCUUGUAAUCAAGGAGUCUACUCCUCUAUGUAU